CGUCAAAAUAGUUGUGAUUUAUAGUUUGUGCUUGGUUUUGUGCAUUUUUCUUGCUCUGUGAAUGCCUAAUUUAGUUGCAAUUCGACGAAGAUGGAAGUAUCUUUACAGCAAAUGUGUAGAACUUGUCUGGGUUCUGGAGUAGCAUUGAUUUCUCUACAUGCAAACCCGGCAGUAUCACAAGUUUGUACUGUUGGCGAGAUGUUGGGGAAUUUCACUACCGUCAAGGUCUCUGAAGAUGAUGGGCUACCAAACAAAGUUUGUUUGGCUUGUGUUAGCGAGAUCAAGCGCUCUUACUUCUUCAAAAUCAAAUGUGAAAGUUCGCAGGAUACGUUACAGCAAUAUUUGAAAGAAGUGUCGAUCGAGGAAAGCGUAAAACAAUCCCCAACUUCACCCUCACCUACACGAUCACACACUGUAGUGGAAACGUACACGAUCGCCAAAGAAGAAGGCACUGAACAUAGUUCUGAAGCCGAAGAAGAUUUAGUUUCAAAGAAAGAAGAAACUGAAAUCAUUACAAAUAACGAAUGUGAAGAUGUUGAAAUGCUGCAAGUGCAACAAGUCGAGGAGACCGAGGAGUUGGUUGAAGUUCACGAGAUUCAAGCCGAAAGCUAUGAUAUGAAUGACGAGAGUACAAUGUAUGAAAUAAACGAAUUUCUAGAGAAUAGUAGUGACGGGGAAAUCCAACAAGAUGCUAGAGUAGUUAUAAUAGUAUGUGAGACAUGUUGCCACACAUUCGAGAAUAAAGAGGACUUUGAAGCACAUGCGGCCACUUGCAAAAAGGAACCAGUCAGUACGGGCAAGAGAAAAUCCAAGGCGGCGUCACGUUCACCAAAGAAAUGUCCAGAGUGCCCCAUGGAUUUUGUACACCAGAAAAACCUCGAUAAACAUAUAAGGAAAUGCCAUCGGCGCAACAGUGCAUCGCAGGAUGAGGAAAGAAAUGAGGGCGAAACUGAAGAUAAGACAAACAACGAAGAUGAUGAAGACGACGAUGAAGAUGCCACUCAGCCUUUGUUGGAAACUCUCCCCGAAGAUGCUCUUUUAAAACAUGAUCCAACUUCGCUUCCGACGGGCGAAUUCACAUGUCCACGAUGCGGUGCGGGUUUUGUCAAUAGGAAAUCAUUCCAGUGUCAUAUGAAGAUCAAUAAAUGCACGGAAAAGCAAUUUAUUUGUAAGUUCUGCGAAAAGGUGUUCAUUAAUGAUAAAAGCUUGAUUGAACACAUAAAAACGCAUGCGAAGGCGUUCAAGUGUAGCAAAUGUACAAAAUCGUUCUCGAAAGCGGAAAAACUUCAAGCGCAUACUGAGAAGGCUCACAGCGGGGCGGUAAAGAAUCAAUGCAAAUUCUGUGGGAAGUGUUUCACAAUGUAUUCCACGCUGAAGGAUCAUAUGCGGACACACAGUGGAGAAAAGCCGUUCCUUUGUUCGAUUUGCGGGAAAGGAUUCAGUCAGAACACAAAUCUCAAGCAACACAUCAUGCGACAUAAAAAUCUUAAGCCGUUCGCUUGCAAGGAUUGCGAUCUAUCGUUCGUCAGUAAAGGCGAACUGAAUGCCCACGUUCGCAAACAUACCGGCGACCAUCCUUUCAACUGCGACAUGUGCAGUUCAUCGUUCACCACUUCUAGUUCAUUAGUUAAGCAUAAACGAAUUCAUACCGGCGAACGUCCGUAUGCGUGUGAUCUCUGUCCGAUGCGCUUUGCCGCUCUUGGUACUUUGCGAAACCAUCGUCGUACACACACCGGCGAGAAACCAUUCAAAUGUGAUCAUUGCUCGCGAUCAUUUGCACAAAAGAGUGAUUGUGUUACGCAUAUGCGUAGCCACACAGGUGAACGUCCUUAUACAUGUUCAGUAUGCGGUUGGGGCUUCCCACAGUCGGGGACAUUGAAAACACACAUGAAGACCCAUGAACGUGAAAGAGAACGAGAACGGGCGCAAUCGGAGGGGGACAGUAUGCUGGUGGAAAUGGUUGCCGUAGAUGAUUUAAUUUAAUUCUAAGAAAUGUGUGUAUAGUUCAAUAUUUAGAUUUUCGAUUAGGUUUAAGGUUGUUUAUACUUAUUCAUAGAAAUAUUAAAUUUAGAG